GCGGCUCGGCAGCGCCCUCCGCUCCCACCGGCCCCAACACCGGCCCGGCCCCGACCCCGGCCCGGCCCGGCCCGGCGGGAGGCGACCGGGGGCGAUCAGGAUGCCCCAGGAGCGCGGCCCUGUCCCACCAUGUCGGUCUCCAAGCUGCAGGACACGGACGAGGUUUUUGAUUUUACCGCUGUGGUUCCAGAGACGCCGCGCUUGGACAGCAGCCUGCACAAGGCCCGCGCCCGGCUCCUGGCCCGCGGCCGCCGCCAGCGGCCCUCGCGCUCCCGCCUGCGCGACAGCGCCAGCUCCACCGAGGGCGACGAGGGGCCCGAGGCCGCGGGCACUGAGGGCGAGGGCAGCCCCCCGGCCCCCUCGCCCUUCUCCCGCACUGACGGCUUCUCCUUCGAGCCGGGGGUGGCACGGCCGGGCCUGGGGGACCCCCCGGCCCCCACGCCCCCCCUCAGCCGCUACCGGCCCCUCACCAACACCCCGUCCCAGGAGGGGCUCUCGGGGCCCCCCGCGCCCCAGUCCUGCCCCAGCUCUGACAGCUCCCCCGGCUUCGCCCGCCGCGACCCCCGGCCCCGGCAGCACAGCGAAGAUGACAGCCGGGACAUGAGCCCCCCCUCGCCCGCCAGCCCGACCGUGGGGCUCGAUAAGAAAACGCGGAGGAAGUUCUUGGAUUUGGGGGUGACCCUGCGCCGGGCGUCCUCUGGGAAGAGCCGCAAGGAGAAGAGCAGCAACCGCCUGUCCAUGGGCAGCAGGGAGGCAGCGGAGGGGCCCGGCCGCCCCUCGGGGUCCCCGUUCCUGCCCUUCUCCUGGUUCUCGGACAGCGCCAGGGGCUGGGGCUCGCCCGGCCCCGCGUCCCCUGCGGGCUCCCCCCGGCACGAGGGGCUCAGCCCCGCCAAAUCCGCCUCGCAGGACUCCGAGCUGAGCGAGGAUUCGCCACCGUCCAGCGCCAGCCCCCGCCUGCCCGGCCCCCCCAAGUGCUCGUACCCCUACCACACCCUGUCCCAGUCCUCGGACGAGCUGCUGGAGGAGCCGGCGGGCGCGGCCGCGGGCUGGACGUGCGGCCAGGUGGGGCAGUGGCUGCAGAGCCUGGGCCUGGAGCGCUACGUGCGGGAAUUCGCGGAGCGCGGCGUGGACGGGCCCCGCCUGCUGCUCCUCGAUGGGGCCAAGCUCAAGGCGCUGGGCGUGGGCAGCUCCCAGGACCGCGCGGUGCUCAAGCGGCGGCUGAAGGAGCUGAGCCUGGCGGCCGAGCGGGAGCGCAAGGCCCGGGAGAAGGCGGACAAGCAGCGGGACAAGCAGAAGAAGAAGGACCAGGAGCAGCGGAGGAGUUGAAAACCGGCGGGUCCCGCACCCCCUCCCCACCCUCAGCCCCCCGGGACACACCCCCGGGGACACGGGGCACGGCCAAGGGACAGCGGGGCCGGGUGGGGCCGGGCCCGGAGCAGCACCUGCCCCCCGCCCCCUGCCCCAGCCGCCCCCUCCCCGCCCGGCCCGGCAUCCCCCCGGAUGCAGAGGGCACUCGGGACACCCCCAGCCCGUCCUGCCACCCCCACCUGUCACCACCCCCGAGGGGUCCCAGCCCCCUCCCCACGCAGCACCCCUGGCACAGGAGGGGACAGGGCGUGACCCGACCCCCUCCACACACGGGCACCCCCAAAUCGGGGGCAGGGAGUCACACCCCGCCCCCCCACAGCCCCAAACGCGGCCCCCCGAGGCCACCCCAGGAAAUAAAAGGGUAUCAAGGGCCAGUGCAAA